AUGUUUGUGUUAUCUUAGAAAAAUAACCUUUCGGUUUUUUUUUCGGUAUUUAUAAUAAUUAAUGAGUUACACAAUUAGGUGCAAUCGACAGCUCAAAUUAAAAAGCUCAUAAUACUGCACUAUUAUCUACUUCACAAUGGAUCAAAACCGUGUCUUCGUACGACGAGCUCUUCAUAAACUGUUACCAGCAUCCAUUAUUGGUGAAGUAGCCUGCUUCGUGUUUUACGAUCACCAUCCGAGAGACAAGACACGCUUGGACGUAACCGUGUGUACCAAUUCUGGCGAAAUACUCGAGUACUAUCACCAUGAAUUAAUAUCUUCUUUGCUAAUAGAAACCGUAGGCCAUACCACGGAUAUCAAAAUUUUACGAAAUAGCAACUGCGAACUUUUUUAUUUAGUUGUUUUAAGUGGUGAGAUAGUAAUAAUAUCUAGAAAAGAUGGUCUUCAAGUUCAUAAUAGAGUUGGUAAUGUUGAUUCAUUUACCAUAGAUGAUGUAGAGUGCACAGGGCUAGCUCGUUUGAGAAUAAUUCGCAACGAUGAUGCAGUACCUCUAGUAUUUGAUGAUAAUUUUAUUAUUCUCAGUCAAAGUCAGAUAGAUUUACCGAACAAUCAGACAGAGGAGUCGCCCAUUGUGAAACAACUUAUGCAAAAGUUGACUGAAGCUAAAUACACAACAAAACAUAAUGAGUUAAAAUAUAAAGAUUAUGUUAAUAUGAGACAAGCUGCAGCGUUUGCCCUUUAUCAGAAGGCCACAUUUAAUUUGGACAAUGCUGUAUCUACUCUUAAGCUUGGUUUGAGUGAGGUUUCCAAUCUCCUAAAAGUGUCAGUGAAGGAGCCCGUUAUAAAAAUGUGCAAUAAAAAAGUAGUAAUGUUAAUAAAAUUAACAAACAAUAACAAUGUAUCCAUAAAAGAUGUACACAUCCUUUUUCACAGUGAUUUCAAACAAUCAAUAGAAUACAGGACAAGAGUUUUUGUGAACACAACAAAAUCUCCAUUUUGGAAGGAAACCGAUGCUGUGAUCGCCAGUCACAAUGAGUCAAUGCUCGCUGCUGUGAUAGAUUUAGACGAGCUGCAAUUUGAUGAAACGAGUAGAAUAAAUCUAGAUGUUGCCUUAUCUUUUACCAAAAGCAAUAAAACUCAUUUGAUGACACUUGAGAGUGUUUCAAUACGUCCAUUGGAUAUGAUGGGAGAGAAUUUUGAUAUUUUAUACUCCAAUGUUGAUAACAAUUAUUUGGUACUCUGCAUUAUAUCUACAUCAGAAUGCUUUGAUCUACAUCUCAGACACAUAACAGAGUCCAAUGACAUAGUAACACUGUCUGAUAUAUUCCAUACACAUUUGAAAAUGGACAUGUGCCUGGAAAAACUAGCCAUACAUAAAGCUAAGCCUUUCCACAAACUCCAUGGGGUUGUGGUUGUGUUUGAAGAUAAUAUCCAGGGCACAGACAUAAUGCACGUUAAAGUUUAUACACGAUUUCCUUCGCAAGUGUUGGCAUUAAUGCAUUACAUCUACGACGUUGUACCAUAUAGAAUUAUCGUGACCACAUCUGACUACAAAAUAUCUGGAAUGGGCUUUAGUUUGUCGAAUUAUACGGAAACACCCCAUAACAAACCGACCAACUAUACUGAAUGUGCAGCAUCAAUAGUUAAACAGAUCAAGAUAAUUAAAGAAUACAUUGAUGAGUGUACAGCAAAGAUGAUGGAAGAUGGCAGUUCAGAGAUGGAAGAUAAAAUUGGUACAGAAGUUGAUUUGAUGGCGUCGGGAGUGCCAAAGUUUUUGGAGUUCAGGAAGAAGAUACUUGAAGAAAGCUUGAAAGGUGUAAAGAGUGUAAUGUCACCAGAUGAUCAAUCGUCAGAGAAUGACAUGGACUGUAUGAUAAUAGACGAUGAUGCCUGAAAAUCGACAAUAAGUUCUUUACUAAGGCCUGAAAUAAGCAAGCGACGAGACUGAAUAAUAUAGGAAAGUUUUGUUAAGGUCAUUUAUACCGGACACCGUUAAUCAUUAUGGUACCACGAAAAUCAUAUUACAAAACUCGAAAGUACCCAAAAAGCUCCACUUAAGGAACGUGAAGUGAGAAAAAGUAAGAGAAAGAAAUAAGAUAAGAACACAUAGUACUACAUGGAGGGAGAGGUAAGAGAAACAUGACAUAUUAGGUAUAAAGGAUUUUUAAAAUAGAGAUGGAUGGAUGGAAAUAUUUUGUGAUGCGAUAUUAGGGUAAGAGACUGUUUAGUCAAUCUAUUCUGCUAAGUCCGUUUAGUUUUGGAUGUAGUGGUAGGAAGUGAUAGACAGAGCAAUAGACUACAAGCCCUUGAACAAAAAUUACAUGUGAAAUGACCCAACGUGAUUAAUGCUUAGAAGGCUGUUACUAUAUCAGAAAAUAACUCUGAGCACUAUGCUGUCAUUUCUGAGCGGUACAGGUGAGUACGCGAGUGAUAAGUAAGGAUUGCGACUCUUAUAUUUUUACUCCUGCGCUGGAAAAAUCUACGGCGUUUUAUUAUGUGUACAAAACGAAUUGCACAAAUGCCGUACAGUAAUAAAUGACCUAUUUUGCUUCUGCAAUUGUCGACAAUUAAAAGUUUGUUCUGACUUCCGGCAACACCAUUUUAGUACGGCACUAGGAUUUUCGACAUUUAUUUUUAAUCAUCUUUAACACUAUAACAAAGCCGUACAAUUAUAAUUAGUCGUAAUUCAUCAUUUGUACCUGAAAAAUUCUAUUUACUCGCGUACUUCACCACUGUACCGCUCAGAAAUGACGGCAUAGUGUUCAGUUAUUAUCUGAUAUAGUAAGCGUUAUUCACGUUGGGUCAUUUCAUAGGUAAUUUUUGUUCAAGGGCUUGUAGUCUACAAGCGCGCUUGUGUGUAUAAACUGAAGGAGCGUCAGUUCCUUAGAUUUUACACAUUAAAUGCCUAUAGUCUGGCAUGUUCGUUGAUGAAACUCCCACGAUAUGCGGGCGACGGGGGGAAAGACUGCGCGUGUGUGAAAUCGUGCGUGCGGGGAAAUGAGGUGCAUCGGUCUGUUUUUCAUUCAUCACUACACGCCGCCCGGCCCGCGCGGCCCAUCGGAAGUGUUACGAAAGAAGUUGCUAAGUUAUAAGUGAGGAAAUUUGUAGACAUCUUUAAACUCGCGUAUAAAACACGUCAUCUGGACGGGCUCUUACGCGCUUGUCCUUUUUAACCGACUUCCAACAAGAAGGAGGUUCUACGUUCGGCUGUAUGUGUUUUUUUUUUAUGUAUAAAGUCCAGCGAUAAUUCCGUCAUUUAUGGACCGAUUUUGAAAAUUUUUUUUUUAUUCAAUGAUAUUCAAUGACUAGCAAACGGUUACACCCACAUGGUUGCAUUUCUGUAGGUAUACAGGGAUAAAAUAUAGCCUAUAUCACUCAGAGAUAGUGUAGCCUCCCAACAGUGAAAGAAUUUAUAAAAUCUGUUCUGUAGUUUGAGAGCCUAUUCAAUGCAAAUAAACUAACAAUCAAAUCAGUCCUCUAUAUAAUAUUAGUAUAGACAAGUAAGCCAUUUACUGCGAUCUCAUCUGAUGUUAAGUGUGAACGUAAGACAUAAAGUGAUGUUAAUAGUAAGAUGGAAGUGGGCUUAAUUGGUUAAACAGUUACAAGUUUAUUCAACCAAUGCCUCUACGCAGCAUCGUACCGGAACGCUUGGCGGUAUAUCUUUGCUGGUAGGGUGGUCACUAGCCACGGCCGAUGCGUAGUACCAGACCAGACCUUAGAAAUUAUAAUAUCCUAAAGGUUGAGAGAGGUCCUGGGAAUCGAACCCAGACCUACCUGUUGAGAACCGCACCACUACCAAGUGCGCUAGGAAGAUUGUCUGUCCUGUACUUAGCACUACUACAUCGAAAGACAAUGAACUAUCCAGAAUAGAUUGACUUGAAUUAUUCAAUCGUAUUUGUUGAUUAUUAUUAUUAGCAAUACGCUUUAAUUGUUGCCAUGUUUAAAAAGCUUUAUUGUAUAAAAAAAAACACAUUAUAAGUAAAAAAAUAUUAUUUUAUUAAAUUUUACAAUGAAAUGGAAAAA